UUAAUCUUUCAUUGCAGCCAAAACAUCUUUACUGGUUACUGAGUUUAGAGGUGUUCUCUCUCAAACACUAACAGUUCAACAUUCAGUCUUCAUUCCCUCACCUGUUCAUAUCUGAGACAUUUUACACCUGGUGAACAAUCUGCGUCUGUCCUGAUGAUGAAAAAGAUGAAGAUGGUGAUGAUCUCUCUGACUGCAGGAAGCUGAAAACACUUUUCUCUGAGAGAAUGAGACCUGGAUCAGCUGCAGUGUUUCUGAUUCUCCUGAUGAACGUCUCCACAGGUCAAACUCUGACAUGUGGUCCAUAUCAUUAUGAGAUACAUGAUAGAUGCUGUACUAUGUGUCCAGCUGGAGGUUGGGUUUCUGCAGACUGCACAGACUUCAGAAGUACUCUCUGUAAGCCCUGCCCUGAUGGAACCUUCAUGGACCAUCCGACUUACCAUCCAGUCUGCUACAUCUCUAAAAGCUGUGAUGAAGGUUCUGGUCUGAAGAUGAAGACGUCGUGUACAAAAGUAUCAGACACAGUUUGUGAACCUCUGGAAGGAUUUUACUGCUCAGACUCUAGAAAGGACGACUGUGUGGAAGCAAGGAAACACAGACACUGUGAACCAGGAGAAUACAUCAGAGAACACGGAACUUCCUCCACAGACACCGUGUGCUCGACCUGCUCUGAUGGAACAUUUUUAGACGGGACGUUUACAUUUUGUCAGAAACACAAACAAUGUGAAUCAGAGGGUCUGCUGCUGCUGAGAGCAGGAACCAAGACAGAGGACGCUCAGUGUGGAGAUAUACCAUCAGACUGGACUGGACUGAUAGUUGGUGGUGUUUUGGGGCAUUUAGCUGUCGUGCUUGUGGCAUUAACAGCAUGGUUUUGCAGAGAGAAGAUAACAAGUUUUCUAAACAGAAAAAAAAAAAGCUCAGCAGGAACUCCUGACGAGGAGCUAGAUACCGCAGGAAGACGGAUCCCACAGCCCAGGACCCCUCUCACCCACUCAUCACAGCCCAGGACCCCUCUCACCCACUCACCACAGCCCACGACAGGACCCCACUCACCCACUCACCGCAGCCCAGGACCCCUCUCACCCACUCAUCACAGCCCAGGACCCCUCUCACCCACUCAUCACAGCCCAGGACCCCUCUCACCCACUCAUCACAGCCCAGGACCUCUCUCACCCACUCACCACAGCCCACGACAGGACCCCACUCACCCACUCACCACAGCCCACGACAGGACCCCACUCACCCACUCACCGCAGCCCAGGACCCCUCUCAACCACUCACCGCAGCCCAGGACCCCUCUCACCAACUCACUGCAGCCCAGGACCCCUCUCACCAACUCACCGCAGCCCAGGACCCCUCUCACCCACUCAUCACAGCCCAGGACCCCUCUCACCCACUCACCACAGCCCACGACAGGACCCCACUCCCCCACUCACCGCAGCCCAGGACCCCUCUCACCCACUCAUCACAGCCCAGGACCCCUCUCACCCACUCAUCACAGCCCAGGACCUCUCUCACCCACUCACCACAGCCCACGACAGGACCCCACUCACCCACUCACCACAGCCCAUGACAGGACCCCACUCACCCACUCACCGCAGCCCAGGACCCCUCUCACCCACUCACCACAGCCCAGGUCCCCUCUCACCCACUCAUCACCGCCCAGGACCCCUCUCACCCACUCACCACAGCCCAGGUCCCCUCUCACCCACUCAUCACCGCCCAGGACCCCUCUCACCCACUCAUCACCGCCUAGGUCCCCUCUCACCCACUCACCACAGCCCAGGUCCCCUCUCACCCACUCAUCACCACAGCCCAGCCCACGACAGGACCCCACUCACCCAUUCACCACAGCUCAGGACCCCUCCCACCCACUCACCACAGCUCAGGACCCCUCUCAUCCACUCACCACAGCUCAGGACCCCUCUCACCGCAGCCCAGGACCCCUCUCACCCACUCAUCACAGCUCAGGACCCCUCUCACCCACUCAUCCUCAGGACCCCUCUCACCCACUCACCACAGCCAAGGACCCCUCUCACCCACUCAACCCAAUCUUUCAUCAGAGCGGCUUUGUGUCCCGCUUUGGAGCGAAGCAGGGCUUGGAGAGCCAGGUGAAGAAGGUGUGCUGUUGGACUCUGCUGGCCUUGGCUGGGAGCAUCCUGACCUACUGCGUUUGGAAGAGGGUGGUUUAG